CAUGGUUCAAGUAAAGAGAUAAGACAGAAGAAAAGUUUAUGAAUAUUUGUUAAUGGAAGGUGUUAUUGUUAUCAAGAAGGUAUAUUUUUAUGAGAAUUCAAGGACAUGGCACUUCCAGUUCAUUAGGAAACAGGAGUAAAAAACUUAGAAGUUUGGAUGUUAUUGAGAAGUUUAAGAGAUAAAAAGCUUGUUGAUUUGGUAUUCUCAUGGCAAUACUACUAUUAUUAUCUUAAGGCUGAAGGUGUAAAAUAUGUUAGAGACAAAUUGGGUACAUGAAAAUCAUCUAUUGUAAAGGCAUUGUUGAGGAUGUUAUCCCAGCCACUUUCAAGAAAGCUGAUAAAAAGUUUGAAGAUGAUGUUCCUGAAUAAAGAAGAGGCCCAAGAGGAAAUAAGCCUUUCGGUAGAGGUGGUAAUAGAGGACCAAGAAGAGCAGAAGAAGGAACAGAAACAGCAUAACAAUAACAAUGAAA